UUUUACAUAAAUUGUGUGGCGAACAACUUCAGGGUAAUAUUUUGUUUCAGUUUUUAUGUUAAAUUCUGAAACAAGCAAGGCAUUUUGAUUAGGUCUUGUUUGGCAUUUUAUUUGGUCUGAACCCCUGUACUUCCACUAAUUUAUAGCCACUAAUUGGCCACAUAAUUCCCUUUCCUGGUGUAGUAUGUGUUUGUAAGGUCAGUUUCUAGCAAACGCAUUUUUCUAAAAGAUGGCUUAAGAUAUGAACGAAUAUGUUCAUUUGUCCACGUGAACCAAAUAAAAGUGAGGGUACACGAAUUUCAUGACCAGUAAACCGAGUGGCUCUAAUCCUGUCUCCCUGAGGCUGGCCGGCUGCUCUGCUGUUUACUAAUUACCUGUCUAGUGUACUCUGACUUCUGUAGAGAAGAGGACCAAGUCGUCUUUGGAAGUAGUUGGAGACUCCUGACUUCCCUAGUGAUGUUUUUAGAAUAUUUCCUAGGUAUGAGUUUUUAAAGUGCAGCUCUUUUCAACUGAACUGAUUGUAUGUUGCAUAAGCUCUGGAGGGGACAAAACAAGUUAAAAAGCCACCUUCAUGCACAGCCGCGGGACUAGGUAUUAGGUCGCUUCUAGGAAGAAAAAUUUGAUUCAUGGCUCUUUUCCAGAGGGGACAUUUGCAGACUUCGCUUCCGCAGAACGUGAAGCGCGCCUCUUCCUGCCGAGGCCCGCGUCCCCGAGGCGGCCUGCGGCUCCCCAGCCUCAGGUGUCCGUGCGGCCGCUAGCUGCCGGCGCCCGGGACUUCCUGUCUGGGCGCGGGGCGGAAGGAUCGCGUUGCCAGCCGGGGCCGCCGCCGCCCCUGCCGUUAGGUGGUGGGGCUGCUCAGCCCGGCGGCGGGAGGCGGGCCGGCCGCCGCUUCCUGUCGGAGGACGCGCAAGGAUCCGGGCGUCGGAGUGUGUGCGAGUGCGUGAGUGUGUGCCGCCCGCACGGCGUGUGUCUCCGGCCGCGGGUUCCGCCUUCUCCCCUGUCGCCGCCGCUCAGGGUGUAAGUCAAUGUGAAGCAGCAGUUCCAGCCCCGGGAUAAACAUGGCGACGUCUCUGCAUGAGGGACCCACGAACCAGCUGGAUCUGCUCAUCCGGGCCGUGGAAGCAUCUGUUCAUGGCAGUAAUGCACACUGUACAGACAAGACAAUUGAAGCUGCUGAAGCCCUGCUUCAUAUGGAAUCUCCUACCUGCUUGAGGGAUUCCAGAAGUCCUGAGUUCAUCCACGCGGCGAUGCGGCCAGAUGUCAUUACGGAGACUGUAGUGGAGGUGUCAACGGAAGAGUCUGAACCAAUGGACGCCUCGCCUAUUCCCACUUCACCAGACAGCCACGAGCCAAUGAGAAAGAAAAAAGUUGGCCGCAAACCAAAGACCCAGCAGUCACCAGUUUCCAAUGGGUCUCCUGAGUUAGGAAUCAAGAAGAAAGCCAGAGAAGGAAAAGGAAACACAACCUAUCUGUGGGAGUUUCUUUUAGAUCUACUUCAAGAUAAAAAUACUUGUCCCAGGUACAUUAAAUGGACUCAGAGAGAAAAGGGCAUAUUCAAACUUGUGGACUCAAAGGCUGUCUCGAAGCUUUGGGGAAAGCAUAAGAACAAACCAGAUAUGAACUAUGAAACUAUGGGACGAGCUUUGAGAUACUACUACCAAAGGGGGAUUCUUGCCAAGGUUGAAGGACAGAGGCUGGUCUAUCAGUUCAAGGAUAUGCCCAAAAACAUAGUAGUCAUCGAUGACGACAAAAGCGAACCCUGCGCCGAAGACCUGGCCGCAGCCGCUGAUGAGAAGUCCUUAGAACGAGUGUCACUGUCUGCCGAGAGUCUCCUGAAAGCGGCAACUUCUGUGCGCGGCGGCGGCGGCAGCGGCGGCGGCGGGGGGAAAAACUCCUCUAUCAACUGCUCCAGAGCCGAGAAGGGGGUGGCUCGAGUUGUGAAUAUCACCUCCCCGGCUCACGACGCCUCCUCCAGGUCUCCUCCCACCACAGCGUCUGUGGCGGCGGCGGCAGCGGCUCCCAGGACAGUCCGUGUGGCGAUGCAGGUUCCCGUGGUGAUGGCAUCACUGGGUCAGAAGAUUUCAACUGUGGCAGUUCAGUCCGUCAAUGCCGGCACACCGUUAAUAACCAGCACCAGCCCGACUACAGCCACCUCUCCAAAAGUAGUCAUUCAGACAAUCCCGACCGUGAUGCCGGCCUCUGCUGAAAGUGGUGACAAGAUCACCAUGCAGCCUGCCAAAAUUAUCACCAUCCCCGCCACACAGCUCGCACAGUGUCAACUGCAGACCAAGUCAAAUCUGACUGGAUCGGGCAGCAUUAACAUUGUUGGAACCCCUUUGGCCGUGAGAGCACUUACCCCCGUCUCCAUAGCCCAUGGUACUCCUGUAAUGAGACUAUCUGUGCCUGCUCAGCAGGCUUCCGGCCAGACUCCUCCUCGAGUUAUUAGUGCGGUCAUAAAAGGGCCAGAGGUUAAAUCGGAAGCAGUGGCCAAAAAGCAGGAGCAUGACGUGAAAACUUUGCAGCUGGUGGAAGAAAAGGGCGCCGAUGGGAAUAAGACAGUAACCCACGUCGUGGUCGUCAGCGCGCCCUCUGCCAUUGCCCUUCCUGUGACUAUGAAAACCGAAGGACUGGUGGCCUGUGACAAAUGAACUGUUGGUGUCGGAAGGGAGUCAUUGAGAGAAGCGGAGGAGGACUGUGAACACUUGUUUCGUAGACGAAAGCAAUGCGACUUACUGGAAAUAUUUCCCUAUCCCAUGUUUCAGUGGGAAGUGAACUACACGUUGAGAUGCUGACAGAAAACUGCCUCUUAAAAUAGGAACAACUGAACCCUCCAUUAGAAAAGACUGAAAGGGACCAAGCAGCCCACUACACUAUCAAGUCACACUAAGAGUUGGAACACUAACACCUGUAAGAGGUUACAUAGUUUUCAGUGGGGCGGGGUUGGGAUGGGUGAUCUCAUUGUUACAUAGAGCAAUUUUUGAUGCAUUUUAUAUGCAUACCAGCAAUUCUUACUGUGUUUGCACAGUGCUCACUUAACUGGUGCUAUGUGAAGACUCUGCUAAUAUAGGUAUUCUAAAAUAUGAACUGAGUGGAUCCAAAAGCUCCAGAAGAGGAUAGCAAAAAGAUCUAGUGCGUUUUCUUGUUUUAUUUUUUGUUUUUGAAUAUAUAAAUAUAUCAUAUAGCUUAAGCUGUUUUAAAACAAAGGCCUUAGACUAAUUUUCAGUUUUCUUUCUUGAAAUAAGCUAAUGGCUUGUUUGUGUAAAGCUUUUUUAUUAAAGGAAAAAAAUUUUAAAAAUCUUGUACCUAGCACAGUAUUGUUAUAGAAUUUACAUGUAACAUUUUAUAUGGUAGUUUAAGUCUGUUGGUUUCUUAAUUGUGAGGAAAUUGACUGUUGGCUCUGGCCCUUUACUGUAACAUACCGCGUCGUUCAGUUCAGCCCUGGCGUCUUGCAGACACCUCAGUAUCAGCUCUGUCAUUCUGAACUUCAGGCUCCGCAUGAACUCGUCAGGUAGUGCUCCUCCCUGCUCUUCGUUUCCUUUCUCAUCCUCUUCCUUCUUUCCUCCUCCUCCUCCUCCUCUUUCUUUUUUAGUUGACGUUUAAGAGGGAAAGUACCAGUGUUCAGAUUUGAACUAUAAUAGUUUGUAUAUUCAACAUUUGAAGUAUAUUCUAUUUUGUUGUACUCUUGUUUCAAAGUGUAUUCAAGUAGGUUUUCUGAAAUAUAGAAGUGAAAUUUA